AAAAAAAAAAAAAACUAUAUAAAACUCAUUUAUUACAAGUUUAUUUUUGGCGGCAUUAAUUACUUGCGACACAACAGAAAUGAGUAAAUAAAUAGAACAGGAAAGGAAUGGGAACCCCUUUCUUCUCUCUUUCUUAGCAGCCUCUGCCCAAUCUAUGAUCGGUUACUUCCGGUCGCCAAUCGGCAAAACCUCACCACCACCGUGAUAACCCCGCGCGCGACCGCCGCUAGCUCCGGUGGAGCUAUUUCUGCCAUUGACGGACGAGGCGGACCACGGACCGGGCUCCCCUGCAUUCCGAAACGUCUAGCUCGAGGUUCUCCUUCUAACCCGAUCUCUUGAUCCGUUUUGUUCUCUCUCACACCUCCAUCUCCGUUCGCCGUCUCAUAGUCCGAGACCACCGCGCGCCUCGAGGGCUCUUAAAUCCCUGAACCACGAGGUUCUCACCCUACACACCCAUCCGGAGCCAAUAUUGUCAUCCUGAGCGUGUGGGUGUUCCAUGAUAAGAGGUGCUCGAAUUCGGCUCAAUGGGUGGCAGCAGGCAGCUGUGGCAGUUGGUUCUGCAGUUGGAGCAUUGCUAGACCCACGAAGAGCAGACCUUAUUGCGGCUCUCGGCGAGACAACAGGGAAACCUGCUUUUGAAAGAGUUCUCGAAAGAAUGAAGCGAAUCCCAGAAGGCAGGGCAAUACUUCUCGACCAACCGCGAGUCAUAUCUUCAAAAGUGGGGCACGCUUGGGAUCUCCCAGAAAACACAUUUGGUGCAGCCUAUGCAAAAUUCAUGGGAUCAAGGAACUUCUCCCCUGAUGAUAGACCACCAGUGCGGUUCAUGGAGACAGAUGAGCUUGCAUAUGUUGCCAUGCGAGCUCGAGAGGUGCAUGACUUCUGGCACACCCUUUUUGAUCUUCCAACCAAUUUGAUUGGUGAGUCAGCCCUCAAGGUGAUUGAGUUUGAGCAAAUGUGCCUUCCAAUGUGUCUAAUGUCAGUCAUUGGGGGUACAGCUAGAUUCAAUGAGAAGCAAAGGAACCUGUUCUUCCAGCACUACUUUCCUUGGGCCAUUCGGGCUGGUGCUCAGGCAACCGAUCUUAUGUGUGUGUAUUAUGAGCAGCACUUUCAUGAGGAUUUGGAGGAGGUGAGGAGAAAAUGGGGCAUAGUCCCUGUUCCUAAACAAGCCUGACCAACAAAGAUAUGAUGUCUAAUUGGCUAGGUUGCCCCAUGGUUUAAUGUUCAUUUGGACUCAUUGGACUAGGAUUAGUAUUAUAUCAAAGUCCCCUGCUUGGAAAUAAAAUUUGGACUUCGAUAAAUAAUUACACUUAAAUUGUCCUUUUGUAAGAUACUAGUAGGAUUGCACGCCCGAAGUGACUCUUAAAAUAUUUAAGCUUAAUUAUUUUGAGAA